ACUAGGAUUGGUGGAGCUAAUGCAGCCCAAGCUCCUUGUGCAAGGCAGAGAUGGCGACUGUGAUCCGGCUGCUGGGGCGACGGGUGUCCAGUUGGAGGCUGCGACCAUCGCUCCUCGCUGUCCCGCAGCGAGCUCACUCGUUGUUGCCUGUGGACGAUGCUAUCAACGGGCUAAACGAGGAGCAGAAGCAGCUUCGUCAGACUAUAUCUAAGUUCCUCCAUGAGAACCUGACUCCCAAGGCCCAGGAGAUUGACCAGAGCAACGAGUUCAAGGACCUGAGAGAGUUCUGGAAGCAGCUGGGGAGCCUGGGAGUACUGGGCAUCACAGCCCCUGUUCAGUAUGGCGGCUCUGGCUUGGGCUACCUAGAACAUGUGUUGGUAAUGGAAGAGAUAUCCCGGGCUUCUGGAGCAGUGGGACUCAGCUACGGUGCCCACUCCAACCUCUGCGUCAACCAGAUUGUUCGUAAUGGGAAUGAGGCACAGAAAGAGAAAUAUCUUCCCAAGCUGAUCAGUGGUGAAUUCAUCGGAGCACUGGCCAUGAGCGAACCCAAUGCUGGCUCUGAUGUAGUCUCCAUGAGACUAAAAGCAGAAAAGAAAGGAGAUCACUACAUUCUGAAUGGCAACAAGUUCUGGAUCACCAAUGGCCCAGAUGCUGAUGUCCUUGUUGUCUAUGCCAAGACAGAUUUGACUGCUGUGCCAGCUUCUCGGGGCAUCACAGCCUUCAUUGUGGAGAAGGGUAUGCCUGGUUUUAGUACUUCCAAGAAGCUUGACAAGCUGGGAAUGAGAGGCUCCAAUACCUGCGAGCUAAUCUUUGAAGACUGCAAAGUUCCCGCUGCUAAUAUCCUGAGCCAAGAGAGUAAGGGUGUCUACGUAUUGAUGAGCGGGCUGGACCUAGAGCGCCUGGUGCUGGCGGGUGGACCCCUUGGGAUCAUGCAGGCUGUCCUGGACCACGCCAUUCCCUAUUUGCAUGUAAGGGAAGCCUUUGGCCAGAAAAUCGGCCAAUUCCAGCUGAUGCAGGGAAAGAUGGCUGACAUGUACACCCGCCUCAUGGCUUGUCGGCAGUAUGUCUACAAUGUUGCCAAGGCCUGUGAUGAAGGCCACAUCAUUGCCAAGGACUGUGCCGGUGUGAUUCUGUAUGCAGCCGAGUGUGCCACACAGGUAGCCCUGGACGGCAUUCAGUGUUUUGGUGGAAAUGGCUACAUCAAUGACUUCCCCAUGGGCCGCUUCCUUCGAGAUGCCAAACUGUAUGAGAUUGGAGCCGGGACCAGUGAAGUGAGGCGGCUGAUAAUCGGCAGAGCGUUCAAUGCAGACUUCCGCUAGCCCCAUGACCUACUGCCCCUUGGUCCUAGCCCCAGGGCCUUUCUUUGGAAGCAGAGGCAUGGCAGCCCGCUCACCUGUCCCAAGAUGCUCAGCUGCCCUUCUCACACCAGCUCUCUGCCUGCAGGAGGUUGGAGCAGAGGUCGGAUCCUCCGGCCAUGUCAGUCAGGAAAGCUUAAAAUGAACUGCAAAAAGGACUUUGUUUUUUUCUGGGGCUUGUGGGGGGCUUCUGUGACUGCCCUUACUCUCUGCUUCUGAAUUUGAUGAUCUCACCCUCUGAGAUGGUACCUGGGAAGACGCAGGUACCCAACGCCUUUUUUCUUGGGCAAGCCUCUGGCAGGGAGCCCCUUUCCACUCAAGUGUACUGGAAGCUGCUUUCAAUUUUCUUAAUGGUCUCUUUUCUUGAGGAAAAAGCAAAAACCUGCCCUUGCUAGGUGUUUUCCUAAGGUCUAAACAGCUCCAGAACGUCUGUGUGGCAGACCCAUGGGAGGACAAGAGUCCUGGCCUAGCCAGGCAGCAAGGAAGAUUGGCUCUUGCUGACCUCCCUGGCGUACCUGAAUCUGACUGCAUCACUCUGUCACAGGCUAGCACUGGGUAUGCUCAUGUGACCUUCUGCAGCUGACCUGGCAGCAGGCACAGGCCCUGUGGCCAGCCUGGGUUGCCUGGCUCAACUCCAGUCUCUGCCUGUGUACAUUUCUCUAGACACCCUGUGGCUAAUUUUGUUACAACUGCACAGCUGCUGCCAUUUUGUAUUAAACAUGCUGCAAAUGG